AUGCGUAUGUGGAUUCGAUUAGUUGCCAGUUGUAUAAUAUUUGCUACGGCAUGGGCAUUUGAAAAUGGUGGAGAAUGGGAAAACCUUCACUACAAACGUGUGGUAGAUUUAUCAAAAUCAUAUACAAAAGAGUCAAUUAAUAUAGUUGCAAGAAAUGAAGGCCAAAAUCCAACAGAUGAGUACACUUUUACGGUUAACGAUGGAUUCGGCGCAUUUGGGGAGGUUUCUGUGAUUUCAUUUGUUUUGAUGGACCAUGGUGGAGUUGCAUUAGAAUCUUUACAAGAAGCACCUAAGGUUUAUAAAUUGAAGCUUCCAUAUCCUGUCGCGCCCAACAACGAAAUUAACAUAAAGGUUCAAUAUGCAUAUCGUGGAGCUAACUCACCGUUUCCAUCUGAAUUAUCGAUGUCGGACGUUCAAACUUUGCUUGUGAGAUUGAAUAAGUUCGCUUAUUCACCUUAUACUACAAAAGAUUACUCAUUAUUAUUCACAGGAGUAUCUAAGGGACAGGAGAUGGAGUUAAACUUCGUGAAUAAAGAUGAAUUGACCCCAGAUUUACCAUCAGUCAAACCAAGAGUUGAGGAGAAGGCAUUGGUUUACGGUCCUUUAGAUUUUGAUCUCGAACCUUUCACUAUCAAGCCAAUGGGAUUGCUCUACGAUCACAACAGACCAUUGUCCAGAGCUGUAAACCUCAAUAGAUCCGUUUGGAUUCCAGCCUCUGAAGUUGCAAAAUUGCCAGUCGAGGAAAGCUACGACUUGGUUAACGAUGCAGCUGAGCUUAAUACUGGAUUCCUGAGACUCGAUUGGAUGAAAGGCAGAUAUGACACAACAAGGAAUCAUUGGGCUAUCUCUCAUUUGGAUAUUCCUUUGAAGGCUAACGGUAUGUUCCACGAUUUUUACUAUACUGAUUUAGUGGGUGUCGUGUCUACUUUCAACUUCGUCCAAGAUCAUUUGUUGUUACAACCAAGAUUCCCACUUUUUGGUGGAUGGCACUUCAAUUUUACUUUGGGUUGGAAUUACGCUAUUAGUGACUUCGUCCAUCAAGUUAAUAAUGAGCCAGAGACUUAUAUUUUGAGAAUACCGUUGGUAAAUUCUGUUAGAGACAUUACUUAUGAUAACGUAUACCUUAGUUUCUAUUUGCCUGAAAAUGCAGAGUUUUUGAACGUGUCGUCUCCCAUAGAUUUUGAGCUGUUGACGGUUACCAACGAACAUUCUUACUUGGACGUCGCCAAGGGCCACGUCAAAGUAACUUUACAUUAUAAAAACCUCUUUGACGAUGUGCACAAUCUCGACGCAUUGAUAAUGUACAGAAGUACCUCCAUUGGUUAUAUGAGAAGAAUAUUAAAGGUAGCUGGAUGGAUAUUCAUUUCUCUUCUGAGUUAUUAUUUCUUAAGCUUACUAAACUUUUCAAUUGAGUCGAAGAAACCAAAACAAGUCGAUGAAAAUGAAACCGAAGAAAAGAGUAAAUAA